AUGCCCCUCAAUGUGAUUUUGGAAGUUGAGCUUUUUGAUGUUUGGGGCAUUGACUUCAUGGGUCCAUUUCCACCAUCUUACAAUAAUGAGUAUAUCCUGUUAGCAGUUGAUUAUGUGUCAAAAUGGGUGGAAGCUGCUACUACGAAGACCAAUGACGGUAAAAUUGUGUUGAACAUUCUACAUAAACAUAUUUUCACUCGCUUUGGUACACCCGGAGCUCUUAUUAGCGAUGAAGGGAGUCAUUUUGUCAACAAACAACUUGAUGCACUUCUAGCUCGCUAUGGUGUAUACCACCGCACUGCAUUGCCAUAUCAUCCCCAAUUAAAUGGCCAAGCUGAAAUUUCAAACAGGGAGGUGAAAAGUAUCCUUGAGAAGACUGUGGAUAGUUCAAGGAAAAACUGGUCAAAGAAGUUGGAUAAAAAUUGGUCAAAGAAGUUGGAUGAUGCCCUAUGGGCUUACAGAACCGCAUUUAAAACACUGAUAGGUAUUUCUCCAUAUCGCUUAGUUUUUGGAAAAGUUUGUCAUCUUCCAGUUGAGUUAGAGCACAGGGCAUAUUGGGCAAUGAAAAAGUUAAACUUUGAUUGGAAUGCUGCUAGUGAGAAUAGAAUUUUGCAACUGAAUGAGCUUGAUGAAUUUCAUAAUGAGGCAUACGAAAAUGCAAAAAUCUAUAAGGAGCGCACCAAAGCUUAG